AUGGAUAUCCAAAACGUGUUUCACAUUUCAGUACGAGGUAACAUCAAUGUAACACAGCGUGCGCCAACCUCCAUUGGUAGUAAUGACCUUUUUGUACACGUGCAAACCGGCGAAACUCUUUCAAUCGUUAUAGGGAACGACAUUCAACAUAUCUCAGGCCCCGCAACGGUGCGUAUGGUAAAUCAGGCUGGCAUGUCACCAUCUGCCCUUCCGCUGCAUGUUCCACCUGGACAUAUGGUUCAGCAAAUGGUCGAUGAACAGGGCGUCUUACGUCACCUGAUUUUAUCACCAGAAGCUACGCCUGGAUCGCGCUUGAUACCGACUGCCCCGCCACCAGCAACAGUUAGUGCAAAUGCACCUCUCCAUAAUUCGAGUGCGACAACACCAUUGAAACAAUUUGCCCAUAAUUCACCUUCACCACCUAUAGUGCCUCCUUAUCCACCUCCAGUUAUGCCGUACUCCCUUCAUAACAGUACUGAUUUUGGCGAAGAGACUCUUCGAAAGACUUGGAUACCACACGGAAAGAAGUUCGUUGGACCGCAUUUAGUGCAAGUGCCAGCAAGUAAUACCGACGAUCAUGAACAAAGUCAGUCAGGAGCUUCAGCAAAUGAAGAAGAGGAAUGGGAGCGGCUUACCGAAAUGCUGUCACGAAUGCAGUCGCCUCAGAUUCUUCGAGUAGCAGCAAAGGAAGCUGAUAUUGCUUGGCAAGAAUUAGAUACAUCUGAGGCAUCUGCACCCGGUGGACCAUUUCCACAAAUUGAUGCAUCCGAAUUUACCUACGAUAUUGUUCUUUUCGAAAGUGUUGGACGUAUUGUCAGUAGCUAUAGAUGUGAGCCUGAUUCGGGCAACCGAGUACGCCUAUGUCGCCUUCGACCAAAUACUGAAUAUUAUGUGCAGCUGAGAGCUUCACUAGAGGAACGCGGUUUGCAGGGUAGCCCAUCAACUGCUGUAAAAUUCCGAACACUUACAACGGUACCAGAAUCUCCGCAUCCUCCUCGCCUAGUUUCACGCACGCAUAAUUCAAUUACUGUUUCGUGGCGUUCGACUGUUGAUAACGGUUCACCAAUUAUAUGCUACCGUCUGGAGUUGGCAUCUGGUGGCCAGCAGGAAGAGGAAGGUUAUGAAACAGUGUAUGAAGGCUUGGCAGAACAGUUUAGAAUCAAAGAUUUGACACCGUCAACACGAUAUCGAGUUCGUCUGACCGCUACGAAUAGUGAUGGAGAUUCUCAGCCAUCGGCUCCAAUUACCAUUUGUACAUCAGCACUUUUCUUUCCGCCAAAACAACCGCACUGUCCUCAGCUUGUUUCUUUGUCAGCUAAAUAUAUCAAACUUUCUUGGAAUACUCAACCACAACAUUCUUACACGCUAGAAAUGUCUGAUAUGCGAACAAAUGAAUAUUCAGUUGUUUGCGAACGUUCCCAACUGUCUUCAGUCAGUGUGAAUGACGUUGUAAGUAACUGUCAGUAUCAUUUUCGUUUGAUUGCUCAUAACGAUGCGGGUGAUAGCAAGCCAUCUGAAGCACUUAUUGUUCGAACUCCGUCCGCGCCGUCCGGCUCGCCUCCCCCUCCAACGCCUUCACGGCCGCAUAUCAUUUCAAACAAUAGAGUACGUCUUGAAAUUGGUUGGAAAGCGGGACGUAUGAACGAAAAAGAUCUUGGCUUCGUGCUAGAAGGUAGCUCAGAUGAGAAAUCUUGGACUGUGAUAUACAAAGGUAACGCAAUAAGUGCACAAAUUCGUAAUCCUGAAAUGCGAGCUUUUCGAGUAGCUGCAUUAAGAAAGCAGUCGCAGAGUGAAUGGAGUGACAUUUUGCGUAUCCGACAAGAAAAACAACGUGCCAUAGCAGUUCCUGGGCAGUGUGCUGCACCUACAAUCACUGAAAUCUCAAAAGGUUGUCUGCGUAUCCAAUGGAAUCCACCGGACAAUAUUAUGUCCUCCGCAGUUUAUCAACUUCAUCGUGUCAAUUUACAACCUUCCAGUAUCAUUUAUCAAGGUGAAGCAACAAUGUUUGACUUAUCAAACUGUGCUCCGGGUGAAGAGAUGGAAGUGCAAGUACGUGCCAUUUCUGUUUCUCUUGAUGGGACACGUUUGGAGGGUGAAUGGAGUCGAGUGGCUGUUGGGAGAACUGCAGCACAGCCACCAUCACCGCCAACUGAUGUACAUGUUGAUGCCGAAAAUGUAUUGCAUUGGUCACCGCCAAAUAGUAUCAAUGGAGCACCCAUUAUGGAAUAUAUUAUCGAGAGAAUUCUCGUUCUCUCAUCAUUUACAUCGAAAUCUAAGAAUGACAGCGAUCAGGCGACCAGUACAAAUUGCGGUUGGACAAUGAAACGCGAAAGCGCAGAAGUGUUGAGUAUUAGUGUAGCUGAAGGACAACCUGGCUGUAAGUAUCAGCUUAGUGUGUCGGCAGUAAAUAGUGGUGGUACCAGUAUUCCUAGUGAAUGCAUCUAUGUUUCUAUUCCUCCCCGCUCACCUGCUGCACCGCUGAAUUUCCAUGCCCUUCCACAAGGUUGUAGGCAGCUACAAGCAUCGUGGCGAGCACCUUGUUGUAAUGGAAGUGAAAUUUUCGAAUACAGUAUUCGUGUGCUUGAUGAUUGCUCUGGUGAUGAGAUUCGCGUGAUACAACAAGAAGCAUCUGUAUGCGAAUGUAUUAUCGAUUCACUUGAAGCCGGUCGCACAUACAGGUUGUCAAUCCAUGGCAUAAAUGCCAUUGGAAUAGGUGAUCCAUCAUGGACAACAGCCACAACACUAGCACCUCCUCCACAGCCUCCUAAUUUGCUCUGUUCUGAAGCAGGUCCAAAUUAUUUGAAACUGAAAUGGAAACCGCCUGGAAAUUCACCUACAUUAACAACCAUGCAAUAUUACUAUUAUUUGGAGAAAGAGAAUGAUAAUGGCAAAUUUUCACCGAUUUAUGAAGGCGAUAAUCGUUAUGCGAAAGUGCGCAAUUUGAAUGAAAGUACAAAAUACCGUUUCCGUAUUCGUUGCUCGUCACGAGUUUCGGGUGCCGGUCCUUGGUCUUCACCAUUUGAGUUUUCAACCGAGCAAUUGCCACCGCCAACAAUACGAUCUGCACCAACGGUAACAGAAGUUGCAUCAGGCUCUUUUCAGGUAGAAUGGUCACCAGUUCGUAUAUCGUCAGCGAAUGGGAAAGAAUCUUUGUUGUAUCGCCUUCAAGUUGCAUCCCGAAGUUCUACGGAACGAUCGAACAAUAUCUGGAAAACAGCGUAUGAAGGUAUGUCCACGUCAUACUCACUUUCGACAUCUGAGAGUGUUCAGCUUCGUGUUCAGUGUGUGCGAAUCAGAGAUGGAAUUGAAAGUGUUUCAACGCCGUCUGCUAUACAGUUUGCAACCCCAUCGCUUGUGAUACCUCGCAAAAAGGCCCUCGAAGUUACUGAGCAGGAGAUGCUUGCCAUUCGGGCGCAAAAUAUUAGCAACGUGCAAUGGAUCCAAUAUCAUAUUUUGUCCGAUAAACACUACGCAUUCGUCAUCCUGUUGCUUUUUGCUGGCAUCGCGUUUGGAGUAGCACUGGUACUUGACGCAUUGUUAUUUGAACAGUCGUAA